CAUCGUCAGUAUUAACAGUUCCGGUGAUUCCGCCGCAGGGUCGCCGUUCGACGUCGAUUUCUCCGGCGGAGAUAAUACUCUCGUGCGUGUGAAAGCGGUGGAGUUGGAAGAAUCAUGGACCUUGAUGAACUAGAAGGAACGAGAGAAGUUUCUGCUCGACCCCGGAAAUUCGCGCCGGGUCGCGCCGGUAAGCCCAAACCGAAACCUAAAUCAGAACCGAAGCAAGAAACCGCUGUGAAGGCGGAGCCGAAGCCGUCGCACGUCGAUACUCCUGCGGAUGCUCCGCCGGCGAAGGUUGAACCGCCGCCGGUAUACGACGGCGCCGUUAAAAUGGAGAUUGAUUCUAAAGUGGACAAGGAAUCUGAGUCGAUGGAAGCUGAGCCCAUUAAUGAAGAUCGCCACGAACAGCAGAUAUCGGUGGAAGAGGAAGAAGAACAAGACGCGGUUGUUCGUGAAAUCGACGUUUUCUUCAACCCUGGCAUUGAUUCCGACACUAAGCUGUACGUUAUACAAUUUCCCCUCAGACCCUCCUGGCGUGCGUAUGACUUGAAUGAGCGAUGCGAGGAGGUGAGGGUAAAACCCUCUACUUGUGAAGUCGAAAUUGAUUUGUCUAUCGAUGUCCACUCCGAGAAUUACGACAAGGAUUUCGGGAGCAAGCUUAACAUGUCCAAGCAGACUUUGGGAACCACAUGGAGGCCGCCUCCUGCCUUGAAUUAUGCUGUUGGAGUUCUUAUUGGUGAUGAGUUACACUUGAAUCCUGUUCAUGCCGUUGCUCAGCUCCGGCCAUGCAUAGGGUGUCUAUCGUCCACGGGCAAAAAGAAACAAACUGCUGAAGAAUCUGUCGGGACAUCAAAAAGGAUGAACAAGGGAAUGCAGUCUUCAGCAGAGGAGAAAACAGUUCCUGAAGUGAGCUGGGUUACACACAAGUAUCUUCAUAGCGAAUUUUCUUCAAGAUACCUUCAGGGAAUGAUAACAAAGGAGAGAUCUUCAAUAGACUUCAAUAUGAGCCCGGACGAUUAUAUCGACUCGCUGUGUCCUGGAGGAAGCAGCAGAAGUUCUAAAUCCAACAGUCAAUCACGGAGGGACCUCCUCUCUAUGUCACUGGAAGAACGUGUAAAACAAUUGCUCUGCGAGGGGUCUCCACUACUUCGGUAUAGUGUUCUUAAGCAUUAUGCCCCGGAUCACUCGGAUGAAGAUGUCUUGGGAGUCCUCCAACAACAUGCCUUGUUAGUUCAAGGAUGGUGGACCCCGAGAACUAGGUUACUAAACCUAGAUGGCCCCAUGGCAGGUGCCAGGGAUUACGUCCUGACAUUGUUCAGCAAGGAUACAACUAUCAAGUACUCGCAAGUUGAUGCUGCUGGUCGAAAUAAAGAAAGGGUGAAAGAGUUAUUAAAAACUCUUGCCAAAGAUAGAUCUCUUCUGUCCGACUGGAAGUUCAAGGAGGCUACCGAUACAUCCUUCAUAAAACGCUACCCGGAUAUCGUUAAGAAGCAAGAAGUGGUGUGGAAAUCGAUCGAAGAUAAGAUUAUGCCACUGAUCCAAGGGGCGAAAGGUAAAACAGAUGGCAGGAGAAAUAUCAGCGCAAAACCUAUCCCGACUGUUAAUACGCAGACGGCUGUGCACUCUGAGAAAGGUCCAACGAGAAAUCCACCUGCGCCUCGUGUUCGAAGGACAAUGUCGGAGGAAACUCGGAGGGCUUUACCAAAGGCCUUGAAAGAGGUAUUCCAAACUCACAAAGUUUGCAGCUUCCAAAUGAUAUGCCAAGGGCUUAGGGAACUGGCUGUGUCCAAGGCAAAUAAUCCAAAGGCGACAGAUACCAAUAUGGCAAGGAAUGCAGCAUUUGGUGCUGAUGCUCCUACAGAAGAGCUGGAAGAAGUUAUAAGUGAAGUGGCUGUGAACAUUCAUGGCUCUUACGUAUUGAAGUCGUCACACGACCAUCCAGAAUAUGAUCCUUUAAGGAAAGUGGUGAUCGAUCUAUUUUGCGGAUUGGGACCUGGUGCGAGGAUUAAGAAGGAUCAUGUUAAGGUGGCUUGCCUGCGGGUACUUGGCCGGGACUUGACAGACAACGAGUAUAAAAAGGUGAUGAAUGACAUUUGUGAAUCCAACAACAGUACCUGGGGUAUACAAACUGCGAGGUGAGAUUGCUGACGUGGAUCAGACACGUCAGUACAUAAUAGAUGAAACAUUGAGAUGGGGAUUUUGCUUGUGUAAGAAUCAGAUUCUGUCUUUAAGGAUGUUUUUGGUUCUCCGUACCGUACCAUUCAUGAGACCUCCGACAUUUUUUUCCGGGCCGUGUCCGUACAUUCGAGAAAGCAUCUUCGGCUUGGUUCGGAGUAUAUGACGAAAUUGUCCUAUGAUUUUCUUUUCAAUGUUUUUGUAAUACAAUUACACGAGCUAGCAAUGAUCUCAACCAAAUUCGGUUUAGCAUC